AUGGGUAUCUCCACCCUCGCCAGUUACAAGGGUGCUCAGAUCUUUGAGAUUCUUGGUCUUGAUGACUCCAUCGUCGAGCGCUGCUUCAAGGGCACUGCGUCUCGCAUUCAGGGCUCCAAGUUCGAGUACAUCGCCGAAGAUGCCUUCCGCUUCCACGAGAGGGGUUUCCCCUCCCGCUACACCGUCGGCGUCACCGGACUUCCUGAGUCCGGCGAGUACCACUGGCGUGACGGUGGUGAGGCCCACAUUAAUGACCCUACCUCGAUCGCCAACAUUCAAGACGCCGUUCGAACCAAGAAUGACAAGUCGUACGAAGCCUACUCGCUCUCGGAGUAUGAGCAAAUCAAGAAUUGCACUCUGCGUGGUCUUCUCGACUUCAAGUUCGAGGAGCGUGACGCCGUCCCCAUCGACCAAGUUGAGCCGUGGACGGAGAUUGUGCGCCGCUUCUGCACGGGCGCCAUGUCUUACGGCUCCAUCUCCAUGGAGUCUCACUCCACUUUGGCCGUCGCCAUGAACAGGCUCGGUGGCAAGUCCAACACUGGAGAGGGUGGUGAGGAUCCUGAGCGAUCUCAGCGCAUGGCCAACGGAGACACCAUGCGUUCUGCCAUUAAGCAGAUUGCCUCCGGACGUUUCGGUGUCACCUCCAACUACCUCGCCGACUCGGAUGAGCUCCAGAUCAAGAUGGCCCAGGGUGCCAAGCCCGGUGAAGGUGGUGAGCUGCCUGGCCACAAGGUUUCCAAGUCCAUUGCCCGCACUCGUCACUCCACCCCUGGUGUCGGUCUCAUCUCGCCCCCGCCCCACCACGACAUUUACUCCAUUGAGGAUCUGAAGCAGCUCAUUUACGAUCUCAAGUGCUCUGCUCCUCGCUCGCGCGUUUCCGUCAAGUUGGUGUCCGAGGUCGGCGUCGGCAUCGUGGCGUCCGGUGUGGCCAAGGCCAAGGCCGACCAUGUCCUCAUUUCGGGCCAUGACGGUGGUACGGGCGCCUCGCGCUGGACGGGAAUUAAAUACGCCGGUCUGCCCUGGGAGCUUGGUCUUGCCGAGACCCACCAGACGCUAGUCCUAAACGACCUCCGUGGCCGUGUCGUCGUCCAGACCGACGGUCAACUGAGGACCGGCCGCGACAUCGCCAUCGCCUGUCUACUUGGUGCGGAAGAAUGGGGCUUCGCGACAGCUCCUCUGAUCGCCAUGGGCUGUAUUAUGAUGCGUAAAUGCCACCUUAAUACUUGCCCUGUAGGUAUUGCUACUCAAGAUCCUGAGUUGCGCAAGAAGUUCACCGGUACGCCCGAGCAUGUGAUCAACUUCUUCUACUAUCUGGCCAAUGAGCUGCGUGCUAUCAUGGCCCGCCUUGGCUUCCGUACUAUCAACGAGAUGGUUGGCCAUGCCGAGGUCCUCAAGGUCCGCGACGACCUUCGCAACAGCAAGACGCAGAAUAUUGACUUGUCCCUGUUGCUUACCCCGGCCCACAAGCUGAGGCCCGGUGUCGCCACCUUCAACGUCCGCAAGCAGGACCACAAGCUCCACGUCCGCCUUGACAACAAGCUCAUCUCCGAGGCCGAACUCACGCUUGACAAGGGUCUUCCCUCGAGGAUUGAGUGCGACAUUAUCAACACCGACCGUGCCAUGGGCACGUCGCUGUCGUACCACAUCUCCAAGCGCUAUGGCGAGGCCGGUCUGCCCCUGGACACUGUGCACGUCAACAUCAAGGGGUCCGGUGGUCAGUCUUUCGGUGCCUUCCUGGCUCCCGGUGUCACUCUUGAGCUCGAGGGUGACUCAAACGAUUAUGUCGGAAAGGGCCUGUCCGGUGGCCGUCUGAUCGUGUACCCUCCCCGCAACGCCGUCUUCAAGGCCGAGGAGAACAUCAUCAUUGGUAACACCUGCCUCUACGGUGCCACCAGUGGUAGCUGCUUCUUCCGCGGUGUUGCUGCCGAGCGUUUUGCCGUCCGUAACUCUGGAGCUACCGCUGUUGUCGAGGGUGUCGGUGACCACGGUUGCGAGUACAUGACUGGUGGCCGUGUCAUCAUUCUUGGUAGCACUGGCCGCAACUUCGCCGCCGGCAUGUCUGGUGGUAUCGCCUAUGUCCUCGACAUUAACAACGACUUCCACUCCAAGCUCAACAUGGAGAUGGUGGAAGCCGGUCCGGUCGAGGAGCCCACUGAGAUCGCCUACCUGCGCGGCCUCAUCGAGGACCACCACCACUACACUGGCUCCGAGCUUGCCGCUCGCAUCCUGGUCGACUUCAACCGUGCCCUCCCUCGCUUUGUCAAGGUUCUCCCCGUCGACUACAAGCGCGUCCUCGAGGAGGAGGCCGCCAAGGCUGCCGAGGCCAAGGCCAACGAGUACAACCUGCCCAUUGUGUCCGGUGUUCAGCACAAGAAGAAGGAGGAGAAGGCCGCCAAGCUCCAAGAUAUCGAAGAGACCGUUGGCGACAGCGCUGCCGAGAAGAAGCGCGCCCUCGUUCUGGACAAGACGAAGGGUUUCAUGAAGUACCAGCGUCGUUCGGAGAAGUACCGCAGCGCCAAGACCCGCACCAAGGACUGGGCCGAGCUUUCCAGCCGCCUCAACGAGGACGAGCUCAAGUACCAGUCGGCUCGUUGCAUGGACUGUGGUGUUCCUUUCUGCCAGUCGGAGACUGGUUGCCCCAUCUCCAACAUCAUUCCCAAGUGGAACGAGCUGGUCUUCCAGAACCAGUGGCAAGACGCCCUCAACCGUCUCUUGAUGACCAACAACUUCCCCGAGUUUACCGGCCGUGUCUGCCCUGCUCCUUGCGAGGGUGCCUGUGUUCUCGGCAUCAACGAGGAUCCCGUUGGCAUCAAGUCGAUCGAGUGCGCCAUCAUCGAUCGUGGCUUCGACAUGGGCUGGAUGGUUCCCCGUCCUCCCAAGGUCCGCACCGGCAAGAACAUCGCCAUCAUCGGUUCCGGCCCCGCUGGUCUCGCCGCUGCCGACCAGCUCAACCGCGCCGGUCACCUGGUGACGGUGUACGAGCGCGCGGACCGCCCUGGUGGCCUCCUGAUGUACGGCAUUCCCAACAUGAAGCUUGACAAGCGCAUUGUCAAGCGCCGUACCGAUUUCAUGGCCGCCGAAGGUGUCCUGUACAAGUGCGGCGUUGCCAUUGGUGAGGAGGGCCAGCCCAGCCUGGCUGACCUUCGCGCUCAGAACGACGCCGUCAUCAUCGCGACUGGUGCGACCGUGGCGCGUGACCUGCCCAUCAAGGGUCGCGAGCUGGAGGGCAUCCACUUUGCUAUGGAGUUCCUGCACAAGAACACCAAGUCGCUCCUCGACUCGGAGCUCGCCGACGGCUCGUACAUCUCUGCCAAGGACAAGGACGUCAUCGUCAUUGGCGGUGGUGACACGGGCAACGACUGCAUUGGUACCUCGGUCCGCCACGGCGCCAAGUCGGUCACCAACUUUGAGCUGCUGCCGCAGCCGCCCCCGCAGCGCGGCAACGACAACCCGUGGCCUCAGUGGCCUCGCAUCUACCGCGUGGACUACGGCCACACCGAGGUCAAGCAGCACACGGGCAAGGACCCCCGCGAGUACUGCAUCAUGUCGGAGGAGUUUGUCGACGACGGCAGCGGCCGCGUCAAGGGCAUCAACACCAUCCGCGUCGAGUGGACCAAGUCGCCGUCGGGCGGUUGGGACAUGAAGAAGCUCGAGGAGUCGCGCCAGUUCUUCCCGGCGGACCUCGUGCUGCUGUCGAUGGGUUUCCUUGGCCCUGAGGCCCGCAUCCUCGGCGACGACAUUGAGAAGGACGCCCGCAAGAACGUCAAGACGGCGCCGGGCAAGUACGCCACCAACCUUGAGGGCGUCUUCGCGGCGGGUGACUGCCGCAGGGGCCAGUCGCUCAUUGUGUGGGGCAUCAACGAGGGCCGGCAGGCGGCUCGCGAGGUUGAUCUGUACCUCGAGCAGUACACGGCGCUGCCCGUGACUGGCGGUAUCGUCAAGCACACGCCGCAGGAGAUCUUCAGCGCCCGCGCCAAGCAGGUUGCGGCUCUGGCCUGA